GUUGCAUGACAGGUGCACACGCAAUCCUCCAUCUUGUGCAUCCUGAACUAAGGCAAAAGGGCAUCAACCACAUACAUUCAAUAAAAAUAAAAGCAAGACCGCGCGUAGAGAAAAAUAGGCAAAUUCCCGAAAUGUAAAUUAGAGAGAAAAAUCAACAACCCUCCUUUAAUUGAAUGACGGACGAGGGAGACCAGAACGAAGAAUAUCGACUGCGUAUGGUCAAGGAAGACUAACGACCGCUUACAUUGUCAGCUUUACCCGGUCUAGUAACGAAUAAACUAUUAAAGAAAACAAAAUGGUAAGUGAAAUGCUUGUAUUUUUAAACAAAACGGUGUUGUAGCCUAUGUUCACGUCAAUGUAGGCAAUGUGAAACGCAUGACCCCGACGUAUGUUUUCGCACGUACGUAAUGACAUCUCCCCCCAUUCCCCUAUCACCUCAUAUCGUGGUGGUCUAUUCGCUAUGUAUACUAUUCUCCAUCUUUUGCAAGUGGCGCUCAAGCUUUGGGCAAGUGGCAGCGUCUUCGCUUGUUGCAAUUGGACCUGAUGCGAGGUGCAGGCAGCCACAGGUAGUGAUUGUUGAAAUUGGUAGGCUAUUAGAAGGAAUUGCAUCGCUUGAUUUGAUUACUUAAGUAUGGAGGUGCACAAUAAAAGGCUCGAUAAGACACAAAGAUGAAAAUGAGGGAACGUUGAAUAAUGUCAUGCAAAGCUGUUUUUGUAUUUAUUUCAUUGGUAUCUAUUCUAUACUAUGAAUGUCACAAUUUAUUUGUCUGCAGACUAUGAAACGUGGAAUGGAAAAAUUAUUUGCAGUGCCUUGGUAGCCAAAUUAAAUGGGCAUUUCUUUGCAGUUCAAUAAUAGCAGUGUUUUUGCUACAUUGUGCAUACUGUAUGUAACCCUGCACAAGCAAUAACAGCCGUUUAGUAGGCCUCCAAUGUCAGAAAUCCAAUAGUGCAAUUAAAGCACUAAUGGAGAAGGUUUUGUUGGGUGAACAUAAUUCCUAUUGGCCUGAUGAUACCAAUAGGCAUUCUAUGUGGGAGCUUGUGUCACUGCCUUUACACUUGAAUUUAACUCUCUAUAUAAACAACAACACAAGGCUCUUAUGGUAAGAAUGGAUCAGUAAGAAUGGAUCAGUAAGAAUGGAGUGACAUAGUGGUGAACUCUCUUAAAACAGGGCUUUUUGAGGUUAUUUGCAGUGUUUUCCCAAUCAACUUUUCUACCUUUUCUUGACUAUGGUGAUACCCUCAACGGAAGUGCAACUGACUCUACUCUAAAAUCCCUUGAUUCUGUCUAUCAUUGCACCCUUCGUUUUAUUACAUCUGACAGUUUUAAUACUCAUCACUGCAUCCUUUACCAAAUAGUUGUCUGGACCUGUUUAAAGACACAUAGAUCACUCCAUUACUCUCUUUUUGUUUAUAAAGCCCUACUCCACAAGCUUCCAACAUACUUAACAUCUUUGUUGAAAUGUAGAAUUUCAGGUUAUAAUACAAGGUCACAGGAUUGGUUAACAAUGAUGACUCCCUUGGUAACCACAGAGUUCAGGAAAUCUGCUUUUUCAUAUUAGUCUCCAGUUGGCACUUCGUUUGGAUAAUUUGGUUAAGGAUUUUUAUAGUGAUGAAUGUGUUUGUUUUAUUUGAUUAUAAUGUCUAAUGUGUAUAUUGUAUGUAUAUUGUGUAUAUGUGUGUGUGUGCUGAUGUGACUGUUGUUCCCAGGGCAUGCUUGUGAAUGAGACUUAGGUCUCAAUGUGUCUCCCUGGUUAAAUCUUUUAAAUUUAAUUUUAAAUAAAAGUUAAAUAAAAUAAAUAUUAUUUACAUAAUAUUAGGAGAGCAGCAAUGAUUGUCUCCUCAGUCCUCACUCAGUGAAAAGGGAAAAUACUUAAACAAACUAUAUUUAGGAAACAGGGACCAUGCCAAAGCAAAGUGACUAAAAGCUUAUGAAAUAUGCAGGGGACACCAGCAAUAGCACAACUUAGCCAUAGCACAACUUUGCACAUCUCUGUGAACUUGACUGUAAAUCGCUUUAGAGAGAAAGAAAGAAAGAAAGUAAGUGUCACGAUCGUCGACAGAUGCGGACCAAGGCGCAGCGUGAUAAGCGUACAUACUUUAUUUCUACACAACAACAUGAACAAAACAACAAACGAAACGUGAAGUCCUAGGUUAUACAACAAACCUUAACGGAACAAGAUCCCACAACGUAACAUGCCAACAGGCUGCCUAAGUAUGGUCCCCAAUCAGAGACAACGAGCUACAGCUGUCUCUGAUUGGGAACCACCCUGGCCAACAUAGAAAUACACGAUCUAGAACGACAAACCUAGAAAACUAAACAAGGAAAAAUCCACACCCUGGCUCAACAUUUAAGAGUCCCCAGAGCCAGGGCGUGACAGAAAGAAAGAAAGAGAAAGACUAAUUAAGGUGAUAUACAGUGGUGUAAAGUACUUAAGUAAAAAUACUUUAAAGUACUGCUUAAGUAGUUUUUUUGAGUAUCUAUACUUCACUUUACUAUUUGUAUGUUUGACAACUUUUACUUUUACUUCACUACAUUCCUAAAGAAAAUUAUGUACUUUUUACUCCUUACAUUUUCCCUGACACCCAAAAGUACUCAUUACAUUUUGAAUGCUUAGCAGGACAGAAAAUGGUCCAAUUCGCACACUUAUCAAGAGAACAUCCCUGGUCAUCCCUACUGCCUCUGAUCUGGUGGACUCACUAAACACAAAUGCUUUGUUUUUAAAUGAUGUCUGAGUGUUGGAGUGUGACCCUGGCUGUCUGUAAAUAAAAAAAACAAGAAAAUGGUGCCGUCUGGUUUGCUUAAUAAAAGGAAUUUUUAAUUAUUUGUACUUUUACUUUUACUUUUGAUACUUAAGUAUAUUUUAGCAACUACAUUGACAUUUGAUACUUAAGUAUAUUUAAAACCAAAUACCUUUAGACUUUUACUCAAGUAGUAUUUUACUGAGUGACUUUCACUUUUACUUGAGUCAUUUUCUAUUAAGGUAUCUUUACUUUUACUCAAGUAUGAGAUUUGAGAACUUUUUUCACCACUGGUAAUAUAUCACUGGAAGAUAAUCAUUAGGGGUAAUUCUAGGUCAAGGGAAUUCUGGGUCAGACACAAAGAAGUACAUAAGGGGAUAGGUGUCAUGUCAAAUAAACCGCUAACACUUCAGCUGUGUGGAAUUAAUAAUCAUGUGUGAAAUACAGAUGUAGGAUCUUAAUUUGAGCCAGUUUGCUACAGCAGGAAAAUAAUCCUGCAGCAACACGAAAUGUGAAUUAUUAUGUGUAUUCUAAUUAAUGGACAUUUUUGUAAAGGUUGAUACAUUUUUCAUUAGGGCAAAUCAAAUUUGAUAUCUCAAAGUGGAAAUUACAAUCUUUAGAAGCCUUUUUAAAACUAAAAUACACUACAAGUUUGGAUUUCCUGCUGUGCAGGAACAUUCUCAGCAACAAAAGAGUGAUCAAGAUCUGUAUAAGCUAGGAGAGGUUUUAGUGCCGAGGUACAGAGUGAACCGAAGUGGGGCACAGUUCUGCUACAGCUGAUGAUGAUCAAUGUGGGAGUAGCAGACAGGGAAUUCCUUGUGCAGCGGCAGAGUGUCUAGACAAUGAAAUGCAAGAGCUCCAUUCUGGCAAAUGAACUUGUCUAGGAACUAGUCUGGGUUGUAAUCUCUUAAUGGAAUAAAGGUGUACAUUGUGUUGGUGGCAUCCAUCAAUCAAUACAAUUGUAGAGUGCUUUUGACACUUAACAAGUGCUUUGAAUAUAGUAAAAUUGCUGUAUUAUAUUCAAUUUAUGAAACUUUCAAAACAAUUCAGCAAGAGGAAGACAUUAGACUUUAGGAAUGCUGUGAUAUGGUUAUUUAGCAGACACUCUUACAUGAAAUGGCCAAUAACACAUACCACUGAGUGUACAAAACGUUAAGAACACCUUCCUAAUAUUGAGUUGCCCCCUUUUCCCUCAGAACAGCCUCAGUUCGUCAGGGCAUGGACUCUCCAAGGUGUCGAAAGCAUUCCACAGGGAUGCUGUCCCAUGUUGACUCCGAUGCUUCCCACAGUUGUGUCAAGUUGGCUGGAUGUCUUUUGGGUAGUGGACCAGUCUUGACACACUCAAAGCGGUGCACCUGGCACCUACUACCAUACCCAGUUCAAAGGCACUUAAAUAUUUUGUCUUGCCCAUUCAAUCUCUGAAUGGCACACAUGCACAAUCUAUGUCUCAAUUGUCUCAAGGCUUAAAAAUCCUUCUUUAACCUGUCUCCUCCCCUUCAUCUACACUGAUUGAAGUGGAUUUAACAAAUGACAUCAGUAAGGGAUCAUAGCUUUCACCUGGUCAGUCUAUGUCCUGGAAAGAGCAGGUGUUCCUAAUGUUUUGUACCCUCAGUGUAUUAAUACACAUUCAGUGUACAGUAUGUUUAUAUAUACUUCUCCAACCAACUGAGCCACAAGAUUAAAAGUAUACAGAAUGUUCAAAGUUAUGAAUAAAAUCAGGUUAUAUUGGUGACAGAAUCUCAUCAGAGUCAUAUCCAUGGAGUACCAAUCUGCUGACAGAACAAUAGAUGUGAUAGAUCUAAAGCCUUUAUUUACAGGAAGGGAUUUAAACUAGAGCAUGCAAAUGUGGCUUUAUAAACACAUUUGAUUGAUAUAACUAACCAAAUGGGGUAGCCUUGCUACAUAUGUGCAAAUCACCGUCUAGUUCUAUUGGAUGGUCAAAAAGACAACAUUUGGAGAGAGCUUGCGAAUGUCGACACAUUAAGUGAGUUGAAGACAUGAAGAUAUCUAUUAUUUUUCUUUCUCUCUUUUCAGGCUCAGUGGUUGACCAAGAUGGGCGUCAAGAAGCUGGCCAUCCUUCUCCUCGUCUUCUUGGUCUGGAUAGAGGGAGGAUCCACUAAAGAGAAAGGGACAAGGAAAGGGAAGAAGGGGAAGCAAGUUUACUGUCCUUCGUAAGUGCAGAAUUUCACCCCACCUCAUGAGAUUCCCUGCGGCAUUGCCUAUUGCUCAAACUCCAAAAUACAAACAGUUACUCGGACCAUUUGCAAAUGCUUAGUGUCUGAAAAUGCAAUCCAAGAAGAGACAGAUGUUUGAUACAUUAGAAAUCAGGACAGCUGGCCAGAAGAAUCAUCUCUCAAAAAAAUAAUUUCAUCCCUAUCCAUGUUUGAUGUCUUACUCUACUAAAUCCUAAAAGGGAUCAAACAUAAUGAUUAUUGAAAUUGAAGGGAAACCUUUAAUUUCAUUACAAUAUUCACAGUGAAUGCCUAAACUGGAGAGAAAACAAAGUUUUGUUGGUGGGGGACUUAUGGUGGAGCAGAGGGGAUACACUUUGAUCAAGGGAACUGCAAACAUGCACACACAAAUUCCAGCCGAGCACUUUUACUCAUCCUCAGUGCCUGAUAAGGGUUACAAAAUCAUAUGUAAUGUGCUUUUCAAGUUGAAUUCCUUGGCAGAGUUCAGUUGCCACCCACGUGGACUGGAUUUUCCCUCUUUCCUCUGCCAAAUCCUGCUCCCGCCAUCGUUCUCUUCUCAGGUCAUUGUUAUUUCAGCAAAUCAGUCUCAGAAAGCAGAAGACGUUCCUUGAAUGUUGAAAAUUCUUCUAAGGUCACAACUUAUGUGAAUAUUUCACACAUACACUAAGAACCUUUGGUUGUUGAUAGUGUGAAAAUAAUUUGCAUUCUAUGUUCCGAGAACGUCAUUUUAGGGUUGCAAGAAACAUUAUGCAAAUGUUGUAUUCAGCAACAUUGUGGAUGUUGCCAUUUACAGUAGCUGCUGACAUUAGAGCAACCUAUACAGCCAUUCACUUUUUAGUCCUUGAUUUUCUUCAGAUUGUCAAGGGAAUUCUUGAGGAAUUUCCUUGAUUUUUCACUCUGCUAUGAGAACCAAGAACACUUGCCAUAAUCAUGUGAACAUUUAACCCUAAUUUUGCAGACAUUCCAGGAAUGCUCUGAGACCCCAAGCAUCGUUUGCCGGGGAGGUCCUAUUACCAAAGCUACUUGAAUCAUCAACUGGUAGUUCUCAGGUUAUGGAAACACAAAGAUAUACUUCCGUCUGCACAGUUAAUCCAGGAGAAUUUGACCUGCUACGUAAUGUGGUUUAGAGUUUCCUUCGUUUUUCUUUCUUCUUUGCAGACAGCUGACACCUGAGGAUCUCGCACGGGUCCCUGAGAAUUCAACCAGUAACAUCUUGAACAGAUUACUGAUCACCUAUGAUCCUCGAAUCAGGCCCAACUUCAAAGGUUAGCCUUCUCUCUCUCUCUCUCUCUCUCUCUCUCUCUCUCUCUCUCUCUCUCUCUCUCUCUCUCUUUUAUUCUAUCAUCCAAGUUUCCAUGUGGAGGAAGCUACUUUAAAGGCAUUUAUUGGAGUAGACCUUUACAGUAAUUCACAAUUUGAUUUAACUCAAUCUAUACACACUGUCAAAAGAACCAACCCCCCCUCCCAGGCCUUUAAGAUGUUUUGUGCCCCAAUAGAAUCCCCACCUGAUGAUGUUAUGGGUCCAGGGUGGUCUUCUUUAGACCAUCGCAGACCCAUCCUCAUUCCCUGGCAUUGGCUCUGUAUGCAUCUCCCAGACUUUGAAUGUUUGAUGUGGUUCGUGCCAUGUGAACUCCCUCUAUGACUGCCUGCUUAUUCUUCCCACUGGGCCCACAUCUGGUGUUCUUCUCAAGGCCAGAUGAAAGCUAGAUCUUGCCAUCCAUUAAUGUCAGCUCUCUAAUCUCCGAAAUUAUAUUUGAAGCUGUUUCUCGGGCACCGCUUCGCCCAGGGGAUCAAUCUCAACACGUUUUGUGUGACAGGUGAGAUAUUUUACUGUGUUUAUGCUGUUCUAACAUUUUUUGUAUUUAUUUUUUAUUUUAUUUUAUUUUUUAGGCAUUCCUGUGGAGGAUAAAGUUAACAUAUUUAUAAACAGCUUUGGGUCAAUCCAGGAGACCACUAUGGUAAGACUUCCUCACUGUGUGAUAAAAGUUCCCCGUUUAUCCUCCCCAAAUCCUCACCUUAACCAUAAGGGUAAACAACUGACCUUAGGGCAUCAUCUAGGGUCAUCUUUAACCUACUCAAACCCCCCAUGGUUAAAUUCCAUCUGAUUAACAUAUAAUUUAAUCAAUCAGUAAUAUAAUAGUACAUUAUUAAUAAGCAUAGCUGAUUCAGGAAGAUGUAUUGUACGCAGACUACAGUGCGUCAGACGAUUUAAUGGUGAAUCAUUAUUAGGACAAAGGCUUUCAUACCUCAUUUAUCUGAUGGCUUCAUUGCUGAAACAACUGUGUUUCCGGAAUGCUAAUGGAUGUAGAUUAAACUCAAGGACAAGAUGAUUUGACCCUGACUCACUUUGAGAGACAUUCAAAAGAAUGCUGUUUAAACUUCCUAAUAACCUACCUACUGUUGUCUUUUCAUUCCACAUAUGGGAGGAGUAGAAUAGUUAACAAUCUGUUCAGUUAGCCUCUCAGGCCCUAUGUAGGCUAAUGGAUUUGCAAGUGAGCGUUACUGUAGAUGGAUUUGGAAUGCAAAUAGACCUCCUGCACUGAGGAUACUGUGCAUACAGGAAUGGCAAGUACGUGGGUGGUUGGGUGGAUGGAAACAGCCAGCCAGCCAGCCAGCCAGACAAGUGUCUGUUAACCCAUGGGCGUUGUUAUCCAUCUACAGUGCCUUCGGAAAGUAUUCAGACCCCUUGACUUUUUCCAAAAUUUUGUUGCGUUAUAGCCUUAUUCUAAAAUGAAAAAUAAAAAAUAAAAAAAUCCUCAGCAAUCUACACACAAUACCCCAUAAUGACAAAGCGAAAACAGGUUUUUAGAAAUGUCUGCUAAUUUAUAAAAAAUAAAUAUAAAAAUACCUUAUUUACAUAAGUAUUCAGACCCUUUGCUAUGAGACUGAAAAUUGAGCUCAGGUGCAUCCUGUUUCCAUUGAUCAUCCUUGAGAUGUUUCUACAACUUGAUUGGAGUCCACCUGUGGUAAAUUCAAUUGAUUGGAUAUGAUUUGGAAAGGCACACACCUGUCUAUAUAAGGUCCCACAGUUGACUGUGCAUGUCAGAGCAAAAACCAAGCCAUGAGGUCGAAGGAAUUGUCCAUAGAGCUCCGAGACAGGAUUGUGUCGAGGCACAGAUCUAGGGAAGGUUACCAAAAAAGUAAUGCUGCAUUGAAGGUCCCCAAGAACACAGUGGCCUCCAUAAUUUUUAAAUGGAAGAAGUUUGGAACCACCAAGACUCUUCCUAGAGCUGGCUGACCCGGUCAGGGAGGUGACCAAGAACCCGAUCUGACAGAGUUCUAGAGUUCCUCUGUGGAGAUGGGAGAACCUUCCAGAAGGACAACCAUCUCUGCAGCACUCAACCAAUCAGGCCUUAAUGGUAGAGUGGCCAUUCGGAAGCCACUCCUCAGAAAAAGGCACAUGACAGCCCACUUGGAGUUUGCCAAAAGGCACCUAAAGACUCUCAGACAAUGAGAAACAAGAUUCUCUGGUCUGAUGAAACCAAGAUUGAACUCUUUGGCCUGAAUGCCAAGCGUCACGUCUGGAGGAAACCUGGCACCAUCCCCACGGUGAAGCAUGGUGGUAGCAGCAUCAUGCUGUGGGUUUUUCAGUAGCAGGGACUGGGAGACUAGUCAGGAUCAAGGCAAAGAUGAACGGAGCAAAGUACAGAGAGCUCCUUAAUGAAAACUUGCUCCAGAGCGCUUAGGACCUCAGACUGGGGCGAAGGUUCACCUUCCAACAGGACAACAACCCUAAGCACACAGCCAAGACAACGCAGGAGUGGCUUCGGGACAAGUCUCUGAAUGUCCUUGAGUGGCCCAGCCAGAGCCCGGACUUGAACCCGAUCGAACAUCUCUGGAGAGACCUGAAAAUAGCUUUGCAGCAAUGCUCCCCAUCCAACCUGACAGAGCUUGAAAGGAUCUGCAGAGAAGAAUGGGAGAAACUCCCCAAAUACAGGUGUGCCAAGCUUGUAGCUUCAUACCCAAGUAGACGUGAGGCUGUAAUCGCUGCUAUAGGUGCUUCAACAACGUACUAAGGGUCUGAUUACUUAUGUAAAUGUCAUAUUUCAUUUUUUUCCAGUUUUUUAUUUUUAAUAAAUUAGCAAACAUUUCUAAAAACCUGUUUUUUGCUUUGUCAUUAUGGAGUAUUGUGUGUAGAUUGAUGAGUUUUUUUUAUGUAUUUGUAUCAAUUUUAGAAUAACGCUGUAAACUAACAAAAUGUGGAAAAAGUCAAGGGGUCUGAAUACUUUCCGAAGGUACUGUAUGUAUCACUUGGGGCCAUUGAGCUUUAUGUUUGCUGUUUUGCUGAGGCAGGUGUGUAUGUCUGCUCCAGAGUCAACUCCUGUUCCAAUGUCUUUGCACUUUAUGGGGAGUGACACCCAUGACAAAGCUUAGAUCCUGUAUCCUGGAAUGGCUUGGGUUUCCACCUAAAAUAUUUCCCUUGGCCAGAGAUCAGUGGUGUGUGUCUGCGUUCUACCGGUGCACUUAAUUCCAACAGUGGGGAAUUUCACACCAGGGACGAUUAAGAUGAUGAUAUGCGUCACAUGAAAACGAUAACAGUCAAAACCCAAGAGUUAGCGGUUAGCUAUAUGAGAGGGAGAAAGAGUGAGACAGACAGACAGACAGACAGACAGCAGCUCAUCUUUUCCAUAUUUCCACUUAGCUGUAUCCCAGCAUGAACAAGAUAUAGUUGAAUUGAUGAGAAGGAGUGAAAGACAGAGAAAGAUAUGGAGAGAGACAGCUGGUUACCUCUAGUUCUCCAUUAAUCACUCGACAGGGCUUCUGAUCUUUUGAAAUACUGUUCUGUCAUUUACACCUCAGCUAUAUGCUCCUCUCCGCUGCACGCCCACCUUAGUUAACACAUCCAUUUUCACUUUAUGAGGCACAGUUGCCUGGAGAGGAUGACUAAUUUGAUGUUGCAGCGGAUAAUAAAUUCCCACCAUGUUUUAUAAGGCCUCUCCAUCUUGAGUUUUCCUCUUUCAUUACACUUGGUGGAUGUGUUAAAUCUUUGCCAAAUUCACAGCGGCAGAUGGGUGGUGAUACCCUGCCGCAGAGAUUACAUUUAAUCUUUAGAGAUUUACAAAAGGCAAGGUGUGGAAUUUGGAAUGCAACAGAGGUUGGUUGAGUUUAUGUCAGGGUACAGUCAAAGAUAGGCCUGUUAAACGUUAUGGUCAGUUGUUAAGGCCAUGAUACAGUGGUGCAGCAGAACAUCUAUUGGACAUUUUGUUUCUGAAUUUAUAUUGUGAAUGAAUAUGGUCGUUGUCAUUAAACUGAUCACAAUUUUAACAAGGCAACAUCCAUGUGCACACACACACACACACAACACACACACAGUUGGUGUGUUUGGGGAUUAUUUGACAGGUCAUCCGUCUUCACGAAAUGAACUAAUAGCCCCUCCCUACAUCUGCUCUCCAACAGAAUUUGACGUACACCAAAACUCAAUGGCACAUAAAACGUCACUCUUAAACAACAUGUUCUAAGCUCUUAAUCAAGCUCUUAAUGAGGCUUUUGCAUCAUUCCAUGUUGCUGUAUUGAUAACCCCUUGAACCUUUGCAACACCCUUAAACAGUUCCUUUCAUGUCAACAUUUUGUUGGUUGAUUUAAAUCGAAAUGCAAUCAGCCUUUCUCUGCAUCUGUAGAACCUAAGACUUGCAUGUUGAAGUAACUUAAGCCUUGUUUACACUGCAUGCCUAAAUGCACAAAUCAGUUUUGUUUUUCAAAUCCGUUUUGGGACACUGACUGUCCGAACAGCAAGUUAGAAGUGACCAAAUCAGAUUUGUGUGUGUUCAGACCGCAGUCCUUUGCUGACAUGGCUACUCAAAAGUUAUGUAGCAAGCUAAGGUGACUGACAACAAUGCCUGCCAUGGAAGUCUCCCAGUUGCUUUGAAUUUUCAAAAUCAUAAUGUAAGAACACUUAAAGCCUCAAAGGAUAAGAUGAUCCAACUUUCAAAACAAGUCCUUUUUGGCUAGCCACAGGAGUCAACUAGCUAGCUAGGUAGCUGUUUAGCUUUCUAGCACAUUAACUAAUUUGUUUGUGUUCUUGUCAAACUACCACAUGUUCUUGUCAAACUGUUAACAGAGUAGCUAGCAAGCCACAAGUUAUGCCAAAUAACAGUCUAAAAAGAACUCGAGGGCAAAUACAUUGAUUUGACUGUUCAGACACAAGUCGCAUGGCCAGGAAUCAGAUUUGUAUCUGAUUUCAAACCACCGAAGAAGGUGGUUUGAAAUGUGACUUGAAUGAUCAGAUUCCAUGUGCUUUUUGGCUGUUCAGACUGCAGGAAAAAUAACAGAUUCGAAUCGGAUAUGCAAAAAAAAUUGGAUUUGAGUCACUUCAAAUUGCUUUAGACACUUUUGAUCAAACUUGUUUGUUUAUAAUCAGUGGGUAGAGUUCAUGGGAAGAAGUCAGCCAUUUUGUUAGCCAUCCCUGUUGAUGGAUAAUGAUGGAUAGUAACCACACAGUUUUUUGACAUGUAACUCCAGAAAGUCAGGUUUGCUUGUCAACCAUUUAUCAGUGCCCAUGUCUGACUACUUUGUCUAUAUUUAGUGAUAUUUGAGCCUUGACAUUAGCAUAAACCUUAGCAUUAGCUCAUCCAUUGGUUAGCAUAGCCAUGGGACUGAGGUUUUUUGUGUUCUGUGUUUCUCUGUGAAACUAGAGCCUUCACACAAGGAUGGAUCUCUCCAUUUACGACAAUAACUGCAGGACUAUGGUUUUGCAAUGCUUUUGUGUUCCCGAAUGUGAUAAUAACAGGAUUACAGAGUGAACAUCUUCCUGAGGCAGCGAUGGAAUGAUCCCAGACUCAGGCUACCUCGGGACUUUAAGUCUGAAUCGCUCACCGUUGAUCCAAAGAUGUUCAAAUGCCUGUGGAAGCCUGAUCUGUUCUUCGCUAACGAGAAGAGCGCCAACUUCCACGACGUCACCCAGGAGAACAUUCUCCUCUUCAUCUUCCGCAACGGUGACGUCCUCAUCAGCAUGAGGUGAGUGUUGGCGUACAGUUAAACAUUUUGACUGAUUUAUUUUCCUAUACAGGUGAUGCCAUUGAGAUUUGAAAAAUAUAUUUUAGCAGAGAAACUUCCAGAAGUAUACAUGUGUAUUCCUAAUCAUCCUAUGGCGUAUGGUCAAUUAUUCUACUUUGUCUAAUGAGUGUGUGGCUAAUCACGGUAUAGCUAUCUGAACAUACAGUGCCUUGCAAAAGUAUUCAUCCUCAUUGGCGUUUUUCCUAUUUUGUUGCAUUACAACCUGUAAUUUAAAUGGAUUUUGAUUAUGAUUUCAUGUAAUGGACAUACACAAAAUAGUCCAAAUUGGUGAAGUAAAAUGAAAAAAAUAACUUGUUAAAAAAAAUAAAAAAAACGGAAAAGUGGUGCGUGCAUAUGUAUUCACCCCCUUUGCUAUGAAGCCCCUAAAUAAGAUCUGUUGCAACCAAUUACCUCCAGAAGUCACAUAAUUAGUUAAAUAAAGUCCACCUGUGUGCAAUCUAAGUGUCACAUGAUCUGUCACAUGAUCUCAGUAUAUAUACACCUGUUCUGAAAGGCCCCAGAGUCUGCAACACCACUAAGCAAGGGGCACCACCAAGCAAGCGGCACCAUCAAGUCCAAGGAGCUCUCCAAAAAGGUCAGGGACAAAGUUGUGGAGAAGUACAGAUCAGGGUUGGGUUAUAUAAAAUUAUCAGAAACUUUUGAACAUCCCACGGAGCACCAUUAAAUCCAUUAUAAAAAAAUGGAAAGAAUAUGGCACCACAACAAACCUGCCAAGAGAGGGCCGCCCACCAAAACUCACGGAUCAGGCAAGGAGGGCAUUAAUCAGAGAGGCAACAAAGAGACCAAAGAUAUCCCUGAAGGAGCUGCAAAGCUCCACAGCAGAGAUUGGAGUAUCUGUCCAUAGGACCACUUUAAGCCGUACACUCCACAGAGCUGGGCUUUACGGAAGAGUGGCCAGAAAAAAGCCAUUGCUUAAAGAAAUAAAUAAGCAAACACGUUUGGUGUUCACCAAAAGGCAUGUGGGAGACUCCCCAAACAUAUGGAGGAAGGUACUCUGGUCAGAUGAGACUAAAAUUGAGCUUUUUGGCCAUCAAGGAAAACGCUAUGUCUGGCGCAAACCCAACACCUCUCAUCACCCCGAGAACAGCAUCCCCACAGUGAAGCAUGGUGGUGGCAGCAUCAUGUUGUGGGGAUGUUUUUCAUCGGCAGGGACUGGGAAACUGGUCAGAAUUGAAGGAAUGAUGGAUGGCGCUAAAUACAAGGAAAUUCUUGAGGGAAGCCUGUUUCAGUCUUCCAAAGAUUUGAGACUGGGACGGAGAUUCACCUUCCAGCAGGACAAUGACCCUAAGCAUACUGCUAAAGCAACACUCGAGUGGCUUAAGGGGAAACAUUUAAAUGACUUGGAAUGGCCUAGUCAAAGCCCAGACCUCAAUCCAAUUGAGAAUCUGUGGUAUGACUUAAAGAUUGCUGUACACGAGCGGAACCUAUCCAACUUGAAGGAGCUGGAGCAGUUUUGCCUUGAAGAAUGGGCAAAAAUCCCAGUGGCUAGAUGUGCCAAGCUUAUAAAGACAUACCCCAAGAGACUUGCAGCUGAAAUUGCUGCAAAAGGUGGCUCUACAAAGUAUUGACUUAGUUAUGCACGCUCAAGUUUUUGUCUUAUUUCUUGUUUGUUUCACAAUAAAAAAUAUUUUACAUCUUCAAAGUGGUAGGCAUGUUGUGUAAAUCAAAUGAUACAAACCCCCCAAAAAUCCAGUUUAAUUCCAGGUUGUAAGGCAACAAAAUAGGAAAAAUGUGUUUUUAAAAUUGGAGAGUGGUUGCUCUCCUUUAAGCCAGCUUUGGAGACAGCCAUUUCCUCACAGUUACAGUAAACUGGGCCCUAACAACCUAAUCAGAUUCAUAUGAGGUAUAAUCAAGUCCAUACCUUCAUUGUUCAUUCAGAGUGCUUUAACAUUGUUAUCUGAUGGCUCACAGAAAUUGCUGCACUAUUUUUAAAAGAAAGCAUUUUUAUUCUAGUAGAUUUACUGGUACUGCCAUGCACUAGCGAAUUAAACAUAGCUUUUUUUUAAAUGAUUUUGGAACUCAGACCACAGCAGCUAGAAUAAAAUCAUUAUUUUGAUGCAGUGUCAUAAAAUCUACCUCAGAAAGUUAUUUGUGACAACUGCUGAUGAAAAUAUGGUACUUUUAUGUUAAUGUUCACUCUGGUAAACUUUGUUGAAGAUACAUUGACUAUACAGCUAUGUAGAUGAACAAGAUAAAUAUAUAUUUUUAGUACUAAGUUAAUACACAACAUCCACCAGGAAUCAUGUCAUGACAUCAUUUGUGUUUGUGUAUCCGGUGCACACAGAAAUCUCUCUGUAAUACUUUAAUGCUGCUUUAGGGACUUAGAGUAAUCAGAGAUUUAGAGACGUGAUACAUCUGUUGAGCCUUUUUACUGAUCUGGAAUGACAAUAUUCUAUGUCAUUAGUGAGAGUAAUUUCCACAGGAUGACAAUGCAAAAAACCUAUGACAGCCUGUAUUUUCCCACAAUGCCCCACUCCACUCCACCCAGCCUAAGGAUUAGCACAUUAAUAAUACUUUCCCCCACUAAUACUGUCCAAUGUUUAUCUCCCCAGUCAGUUCUCCCUCUACUCACUGUAUCUGGAGCCUUGACAUUAGUCUUGUCCUUAUAAGUCGUGUGACAAGGUGGCACUAGCUGCUGUAAGAACUACGUUAUGGAGAAAGGAGGAUGUUUAGUCCUAUCACACUCCCAAGUACUGAAGCUCGGCUGCUCGGCUGCUUACUCCUGAUCCCAUAUUGGAUACCCUAUGUGUAUUUUCAAGUCACUCAGGCUAAAAGCUCUGAGUCAUUCCCCAAACGUACUGUGUUGUUGUGGUGAUGUACUCUAUGUACUGUGUAUACAGGAUGGGGAAAGCUGUCAAAAUACUAAAAUAGCACUCCUCUAAAGUCUCAACCAAAACCCAAAGCUUUCAUGUGCAAAUGGCCGGCUGGGAAAUAAAUAUGCAACUCUAAACACAAUAAAGGUGCUGCCCACAUUAAGAAUGUAUUUCUGCAUGUGAGGAAGCGUCUUUUUCAAUAAUUCAGCAGUCGCCAUUGUCUCUUAAAUGAUAUAGCUUUGCGGUAUUGAUGAACCGAUUUGGGAGGAAAGUUUUUAGACGACAGUCUGAAUCCCCAGCAGCUCUGUAAUUCUCGUUCUGCGUCCAUCUAGCUCACAGCUCAUACUUACAUUCAAGGACACAGACAUUUCUAAUAAAUGUUUCAAUCAAUUUGACCAGUUUAGCCAACUUUUCACUAGAAGGAAGCAUUUUAUUGCGGUAGGUCACAUUGAAUCCAACCUCAAUCAGAUAGAUCUCAAUGGGUUUUAAAAACAUUCAUCAUUUCUAAUUAUGUCCACAGGCAUAGGGUGGUGUUGGCUGAAGAGCAACGUGACAUGAUAACGAAUCAUCAAUAGCGUUAAUGAUGAAAUCGUUGCAACUAACAGUCAUUAAUUGCGUUAAUAUUGAUAUUCUAAUUGUAAAUGGUGUGUAUUUUAUUUGCAUCAUUGUGGUUCUGCAUUUUGCCAGGUUGUCUGUCACUCUAUCCUGUCCUCUGGACCUGACCCUGUUUCCCAUGGAUACGCAGCGCUGUAAGAUGCAGCUGGAGAGCUGUGAGUAACUGAUAAUGGCUCAGUUUCACAUGACCAUAUAUGGUAUCUGUUAGAGAGCGAGAGAGCUAUAGUUAUUCUUGAAUUCAUGUAAAAUAUGUUUUGCAGUCACAGACCAAUUGGUUUCAUUUAUGCAUUGUUGUUACUGUCUGUUACGUGUUGUGAUGUCUUUCCUGUUGUCUCUUUCCUGUCUCGUUUUAUUUAUUUAUUUAGCGCUGCCCUUGCCCUUCACCACUUCCCAGGCCGUCAUCGUAAAUAAGAAUUUAUUCUUAACUGACUUGCCUAAACAAAUAAAAUAAAUGUAAUCACACUAGCCAAUGUAUAGGACAUGUAAAUCAGUCUAUAUUUCAUGUUUGUUAGGGAAGGAUUACAAGUAAUUAAAGAUGACUACUGAAAAAUCUUCUUAUUAGCAGAGUGUGAUUACUAUUAAUUGAAAAAUGUACUUCAAACAACAUUGAGAUAUAGUUUAAUCAUGCCAGGAUGGAGAUUUAUAUACAGUAUUAACUGUUGUUGACGACGACAAUGUGUGUUUGUGUGUUUGUGCGUGCGUUUGCCUGUGUGCCUGUGGAUGCUUCCGUGUGUGUGUAUAUAUGUGUGUGUACCCGUCUCUCUGUGUCUACAGUUGGCUAUACGACGGAUGACCUGCAGUUUAUGUGGCAGUCAGGGGACCCUGUCCAGAUGGAGGAGAUCGCCCUUCCCCAGUUUGAUAUCAAACAGGAGGAUAUAGAGUAUGGAAACUGCACCAAAUUCUAUGCAGGGACAGGUAUGCCCCCCAUAGGCAUGAAAUACAAGUAUUCUGUUUUCAUUUGAGUGAAAACUAUGGCUGGGAUUUGCCAGGGACUUCACGAUACGAUAUUAUCACAAUACUUAGAUGCUGAUACGAUGUGUAUUGCAAUUUUCACUAUUCUAUAUGUAUUGCGAUUCAAUACUGUGAUUUUAUUGCUAUUCCAUUGCUCACCAUAUGUCUGCUGCAGAGGGACAAGAGAGAGCCAUGAGAAAAACAGUUUUGAUCAGUCAUGGAAAUAAAAUAGGGCGACAGGUACCCUAGCGGUUAGAGUAUUGGGCCAGUAACCGAAAGGCCGCUGGUUCGAAUAUCUGAGCCGGCAAGGUGAAAAAUCUGUCGAUGUGCCCUUGAGCAAGUCACUUAACCCUAAUUUGCUCCAGGGAUGCCACACUACUAUGGCUGACCCUGUAAAACAACACAUUUCACUGCACUUAUCCGGUGUAUGUGACAAUAAAAACAUAUAUUUAUUUUCUGUACUUUAAACAAAUUGGCUCCCUAUUUCAAAAAAGAAGAUGGAGAACAAGCUAUGAAGGAAAAAUACUGGAGUUUUGGUGCAGUUACAGCCAACUAGCGCAAAAUAAUAUUGCGAUAUUGUCAAAACGAUACAAUACGAUAUAUCAUCAAAAAUAAUUUCCCGAUAUGUAACUGUAUUGAUUUUUUCCUCUAUCACUAGUGAAAACUGUGCUAACAACAGGUAUAAGGCAUUAUUACGUGUCAUAAGCAUGUACAAAUGGGUUUUCAAAUCAACUGUACUUAACAUGCCCAUAAUACGGUCUACUAGGUGCAUUGCACUAUAGGCCUGUACGGACAGACAUAAAAACGACCUACUAUAUUUGACUCAUUAUUUUUUAAAGAAUAUGCGAUGAAACCAUAUUGGCCUGCUCUAUUUUACUCAUGCCAUACUCUCCCUUGCAUUUGGCAUCGGUUGCAAGGCAAUAGUUAUUGAUACAAAAAUUAGAAAUUAGCACAGUGAGAAAUCCUUUGAACCAAUGAACUUCCAGUCUCCUGAUUAAGCUUUGCCAUUAACUAGAGCGUCAGAGACUUUAAUGAGCUUGGCUUAACAAUGUAAGGAUCUGGCUUUUCCAUUUCAUCCAUUGCUUAAUUAUUCCAUGUAAAUUGAAAUGCUUCCGUGGCUCGAUACUAACGCUAAGAUAUUGUUUUCUCAUAAACUUCAAAGACUCCAAAGGCCUCAAAAUAAACAUUUACAUUUACGUCAUUUAGCAGACGCUCUUCCAGAGCGACUUACAGUUAGUGAGUGCAUAGCUUUUUUUUUCUCAUACUGACCCCCGUGGGAAUCGAACCCACAACCCUGGCGUUGCAAGUGCCAUGCUCUACCAACUGAGCUACACGGGGCCCAGUGUUCUAGGUUACUUUUCAAUGUUGUAUUUGCAUGUGUUACAUACAACGCUUCUUCAUACUAUCUCUGUAAGUUCUUCAUUAAUGAGAACUGUAGCACAAUUUUAUGUAGCUAAUGUAUCUGACUAGCUUUGGCCAAAGCUUAAAAUUCUGUCUCUUACACUUCUCCUGCAGUUGCAUUGAAGAAACACACAGUAGCCUACAUGGGUUCUCAUGCUCAAUAUAGCCCUGAGAUAUUAAAACUUUGAUAGGUCACGCUUCGCUAAAGCACUUUAAAAACCCAGGCCUUUCCUCACCUGUCAGUGUGAGUAGUUAAAUGUUAACUCUAAAAACAAAGCAGCGAGUGUCACUGGAGGUUAGCAUAGCACCGUUAGCGAAAGGCCGACACAGUUAGCACUCAGUUCGAACACGACCCCAGCACACUCACACAGGGGAGCAACGCAGCUGGCAGCGAGGCAACCUUUAAUGGGGUUGUUGUGACGACCCAGCGAGACACAAAGAUCACCGGUGGGAGCCCGUUCUUUAGCAUGGCACACACAGAGAGAUGGAGGUGGGUAAACAUUACCUCAGUAUGUCCACCCUAAACCCCUACAGCGUCUCAAAGCCUGGUUUAAGUAGUAUUCAUUUUCUUUCAAAUACUUUAAGUAUUAUAUUGAGCAUGUUUGGAGUGCCAGAAGGGCAGAAGGUUUGCACUUCUGGGUGGGGGGGUGGUUGGUGGGGGGGGGCAUCACUGCAGGGUCCACCUAGAGCAGGGUUUCCCAAACUAAGGGUCGCCUAAUUAGAAAAUGGGGUCACGAGAGAAACUAUUUUUGUUUUUUGUUUUAUUAAAAAAGAAACCAUUGGCCAUUUAUUGCAUCACUUUUUUUACGUUGUGGGGUUGCAAAAAUGUUUUGAUAUCAAAAUGGGGUCAUGGGGAACCCCUGACAUAGAGGAAUGGCAGGGGCAUCGCUACAGGGUCUACUUAAGGGAAAGAUAGGUGCAGGAGCCAGGGAACAGGGUGUGAAAACACAAGAGACAUGUUUAAAGGUCCAAUGCAGCCUUUUUUAUCUCAAUAUUAAAUCAAUUCAGGGUAACAAUUAAGAACCUUACUGUGAUUGUUUUCAAUUAAAAUGGUCAAAAGGAACCAAAAAUAGCUUCUUAGCAAAGAGCAAUUUCUCAAGCAAGAUUUUUGCAGGAAGGGGAAAACUGAAAAAUAGCUGUUAUUUGCAGAGAGGUUUGUAACAAUUUUUCUUACUGAUCUACUAACUAAUUGACCUACUACUACUUGCUAAUUUAGUUAUUGAUGUCAACAGGCAGGGCAAAACUCCAUCCCACCAAAACAGUCUUUUCAAACCUCAUAGAGUGGAAAUAUAUAUAAAACACAGGAAAAUCACGUUUUUGCCUGCAUUUGACCUUUAAUAAAGUUACUCCAAAGCAGAUAAUGAGGGAAAGAAACAGUGAAACAGCAGUCUGUCUGGGAAGUGAGAUAUCAUGGUUAUUCAUAAAGGCAAUUAAACAGCAGAUCAUUAUCAGAGAGAGCGAGAGAGAGAGAGAGAGAGAGAGAGGAAGCUGACAAAAUUGAGCGAGCGAGCGAGCGAGAGAGAGAGAGGAAGCUGACAAAAUUGAAUAUGCCAGGGGCUGCACCUCCCCUCUUCUGUUCCUAAAAGAAUAAUCCAAGAGGAAAUAGCCCCCGGUGUUAGACGAGUGUGAGAACAUGCACAUUUAGCCUGGAAUACAGUGGCUUGCGAAAGUAUUCACCCCCCUUGGCAUUUUUCCUAUUUUGUUGCCUUACAAUCUGGAAUUAAAAUUGAUUUUUUGGGGGUUUGUAUCAUUUACGCAACAUGCCUACCACUUUGAAGAUGCAAAAUAUUUUUAAUUGUGAAACAAACCUUUCACAGCAAUUACAGCUGCAAGUCUCUUGGGGUAUGUCUCUAUAAGCUUGGCACAUCUAACCACUGGGAUUUUUGCCCAUUCUUCAAGGCAAAACUGCUCCAGCUCCUUCAAAUUGGAUGGGUUCCGCUGGUGCUUAGGGUCAUUGUCCUGCUGGAAGGUGAACCUCCGUCCCAGUCUCAAAUCUCUUGAAGACUGAAACAGGUUUCCCUCAAGAAUUUCCCUGUAUUUAGCGCCAUCCAUCAUUCCUUCAAUUCUGACCAGUCCCUGCUGAUGAAAAACAUUCCCACAGCAUGAUGCUGCCACCACCACCAUGCUUCACUGUGGGGAUGGUGUUCUCGGGGUGAUGAGAGGUGUUGGGUUUGCGCCAGACAUAGCGUUUUCCUUGAUGGCCAAAAAGCUACAUUUUAGUCUCAUCUGACCAGAGUCCCUUCUUCCAUAUGUUUGGGGAGUCUCCCACAUGCCUUUUGGCGAACACCAAAUGUGUUUGCUUAUUUUUUUCUUUAAGCAAUGGCUUUUUUCUUGCCACUCUUCCGUAAAGCCCAGCUCUGUGGAGUGUACGGCUUAAAGUGGUCCUAUGGACAGACACUCCAAUCUCCGCUGUGGAGCUUUACAGAUCUUUGGUCUCUUUGUUGCCUCUCUGAUUAAUGCCCUCCUUGCCUGGUCCGUGAGUUUUGGUGGGCAGCCUUCUCUUAGCAGGUUUGUUGUGGUGUCAUAUUCUUUCAUUUUUUUUUAAUAAUUGAUUUAAUGGUGCUCCGUGGGAUGUUCAAAGUUUUGGAUAAUUUUAUAUAACCCAACCCUGAUCUGUACUUAUCCACAACUUUGUCCCUGACCUGUUUGGAGAGCUCCUUGGUCUUCAUGGUGCCGCUUGCUUGGUGGUGCCCCUUGCUUAGUGGUGUUGCAGACUCUGGGGCCUUUCAGAACAGGUGUAUAUAUACUGAGAUUAUGUGACAGAUAAUGUGACACUUAGUUUGCACACAGGUGGACUUUAUUUAACUAAUUAUGUGACUUCUGAAGGUAAUUGGUUGCAACAGAUCUUAUUUAAGGGCUUCAUAGCAAAGGGGGUGAAUACAUAUGCAGCACCACUUUUCCGUUAUUUAUUUUGUAGAAUUCUUGGAAACAAGUAAUUUUUUUUAUUUCACUUCACCAAUUUGGACUAUUUUGUGUAUGUCCAUUACAUGAAAUCAUAAUAAAAAUCCAUUUAAAUUACAGGUUGUAAUGCAACAAAAUAGGAAAGACGCCAAGGGGGAUGAAUACUUUUGCAAGGCACUAUAUAGGGUAUCUUGAUGAUGAUCCAUUCUCUCUCUGCUUGUCCUUAGUCAAACUCUUGGAAAAGACUUGUUCAUUCUUGUGAUUUCAUUCACAGACCGACAAUAGCAAUGAUAGUUAGUUAUCACAACAGUAAUUUAGUGGUCAUAUUAUUGUCUACCCAAAGUCGUUUUAGAUGACUUUGUUAUGAAUGUUUAAUCCUACCGGUAGCUUGAAAAACUUGGUACACUUUAGUUUGUGAAUUUACUUAUUACACUCAUCCUAAACCAGGGAUGGCCAACCCUCAUCUUAAGGGUUUUGCAGGCUUUUGUUCCAGCCUUGCUCUAAAACACUAUCUUUACUCCUCUAGGCUACUACACGUGUGUGGAGGUGAUCUUCACCCUGAGGAGGCAGGUGGGCUUCUACAUGAUGGGUGUCUAUGCCCCCACACUCCUCAUCGUGGUCCUCUCCUGGCUCUCCUUCUGGAUCAACCCUGAUGCCAGCGCUGCCAGGGUUCCUCUAGGUAUGAACUUUAAUCCCUAUUCUAACCACUGACCCUUAACCCCUAUCCUAACCGCUGACCCCUAAUCCCUGACCCCUAACCCCUAUCCUAACCACUGACCCCUAACCCCUAUCCUAACCACUGACCCCUAACCCCUAUCCUAACCACUGACCCCUAACCCCUAUCCUAACCACUGACUGACUCAUAACCCCUAUCCUAACUACUUACCCCUAACCCCUAUCCUAACCCCAUGUCACUGUGUCUGACUGUAGCUAGUCUCCCAUGUCACUGUGUCUGACUGUAGCUAGUCUCCCAUGUCACUGUGUCUGACUGUAGCUAGUCUCCCAUGUCACUGGGGUGUUGUCUGAAUUUAGCCUCAAAAAUCUAAACUGAAUCACGCUACGUUUCAUUAUUAUUUUGCUUGACUAAUUUCGAGGCUAGUCUGACUUAUUGAGGCAUCAAAUGCAGCCUAAUAUGGCCAUCCAUUUGACAUCACUGCAUGAUGACAUGAGAGUGCUUUCCACUUUUUCAUAUAGUCUAGUGUCCCAUUUUAUUGUUUCACUGUGUGCCUGAGGGAGUGAAAUGUGAAUAGCAAUGGAACCAUCCAUUGUCAAUCCACAGUCUCCCCUACGUGAUACAUAAUAUAUCAUAAAACAAUUUAUGUUGUAUGAGUAACUCGCCUGGUCCAUCAUAAACAAGCUUGCAUGAGUCAGAAAUGUCAACUUCUCCCCCGUGUGACGUCACUUCAUCCAUUCUGAUGGGUUUGGAGAGAGCUGUGUGGAUAAGAGGACCAUCCAUUGUUACUCCCCCACUCCCACCACCGCCAUCACUACUACCUCCUCCUCUGUUUCCCCUCCAGCUGUUAGUCACUUUCGUCCCAUCCCUCCAUCUCCUCUGGAGGGCCACCUCAUGACACCUCAGUAAAUGGGAUCAGCACAGGUCAGUCAUCUCCUAUGUGUGUCCAUUUACAUAUGGCAUUCAUUCACCUCUGUGUGUGUGUGUGUGUGUGUGUGUGUGUGUGUGUUAGCGUACAUGUGAUUAGAUGUGUGGAGUACUUCCAUAUACGCUUCCUACUAUGUGUGUCGGUGUCGGACACAUUUUGUUCCCACAAUACAUCAGGGGACAAGCGUCAGCAAACAAAGCAUUAUGCUGUUUAAACAGAGACAACACUUUCCCUGUGUUAUGUAAAAUAGGCCAGCUUGCAUGCUGGGAUGAAAAGGAUUUCAGAGCUCGGUGAACUCCGAUGGGGUUAGCUAAUCAUCCGAAAUAAGGACCUCAUGCUUUUAUUUCGAGAUUUUUAUGCAGUCACUUAUAUAACGGCCUAGAUUAAUUGGCCAAUCAGAGAGGAAAAACAAUAGAAAAUAGCUCUUUAUUAUCGGUGGCUUUGUGAACCCGCUUCAUCACUAGAAUGAGGAAGGGAGAAGGAAGGUUCAUGGGUAAAGGAAGGUUCAUGGGUUUAUAAUUGGGCUCUUAGUACUGUAUAUCCUGGGGAUAUGGGCUUGAAUGUGAGUGUUUUAUUACCACUGCCUAGUCCAGGUGAUUCAUAUAUCCAUUAUUCUGUACUGUACAUCAGGGGUAUUAAAUUCCAACUGUCGAGGGCUGCUGUGUCUUCUCCCUGCUAUUUACCACUCACCUGGUUUAGAUCAAAGACUAGACCUUUGAUUUAAAGGCAAGGAUGAAAACGUGCAAAUACUGCGACCCGCAAGGUCUGAAGUUGAAUCUCCUUGUCUGCUGUGCAUUCUAUGUUGAGCAUUAGAGAGUCGAGUCCAAAUGCUAAUUUGCGAUCCUAGGACACCUCUAGAAGGAUCCCCAACGCUAAGCUAUGCUCUCCUUCCUUUGAUGUUUAGUUGACAAGGUCACCUCUUCCCUCCCUCCCUCCCUGUUAACCUCCCAGGGAUCCUCUCGGUGCUCUCCUUGUCUUCUGAGUGCACGUCCCUGGCCUCAGAGCUGCCCAAGGUGUCGUACGUGAAGGCCAUCGACAUCUGGCUGAUCGCCUGCCUACUGUUUGGCUUCGCCUCGCUGGUGGAGUAUGCCGUGGUGCAGGUGAUGCUCAACAGCCCCAAGCGCAUCGAGGCCGAGAAGGCCAAGAUGGCAUCCAAGGUAAAGGCAGAGGGCAAGGAGAAGGCGGUGGGCAAGAACAACACGAUCAACGGUACCAGCGAGACUCCCUGUCAUGUCAGCACGCUGCAGGUGGGUGAGGGAAAGGUGGGGAGGGGAUGGGUGUUUGUGGGGAAUGAAAGGGGGGUGGGGGGGGGGGGGGGGGGGAGUUGUGUGUGUUGCUUGUGUACGUGUGUUCGCUUUCAUAAUUAGAAAUAGGAUGAAGUUGUCACCAGACACUGAUCUAAGUCAGGAUGAAGUUGUCUCCAGACACUGAUCUAAGUCAGGAUGAAGUUGUCCCUAAUGGAUACAGAUGCUUACGUGUGUGUACAUUUGCGUGCACGUGUGUACUCGUGUGUGCACUUGCUAUAUCCAGACCACUUUCCUCACACUUAGUUGAAUGACGAAUGGUUAACCUUGUCCCUAGGCAUGAUUAGAGUGAAGUUAGCAAUCUAAAUGCUAAAUAGAUUGGACGAUCCAAUCAUUCAUAAAUGCUAACAUCUUCUGCACUCUUGCCUGGCACGGAUAAAGAUUGACACUCAGGUACAGAUUUCACUCCUGAAAUUUUCUUUUAAAUCAUACACUUCAUUGACAUUAAUUGACAUGGUAAUGUAUGUUAGUCAAGACUUCGAGAAGAUUACACUAGUCCCCAGAGAUCAAAUAUGUUUUCUUAUCAAACGUAAAUCAAAUGAAUGACGAUUUAAUGAGCUUAAUGGUUAGAGUGAAAAACUAGCAACUAUAUGAUUUGUUUCUAAUUUGCCCUGUAGCCCUUGAGGCAAGUCGAUGAGAAACUCUUUGACUUUGAAAUUUGGGUUUUUAGAAGCUACUUCCCACAGAUUAUUUUGUAUUUAGCAAUCUAUUGUAGCAGCAUGUCGAUUCCCCAAAGAAAACACAAGAGAAGACUUCCAGAAUCCAGAUUACAGCUCCAAAACAACAACAUUAGGGAUAUUUUGCCACUGUCUAUGGGUGCCAUCAAAAGACAAUGCAGAAGAUAAUUGUGUAUCUGUUGCAUUCUCAUCUCAUUCAGAAAGAAACUGCCAGACACCACACCAAUGCAAAACACCACUGCAUGGUCAAAAUGGCACCCUUUGUACAGUGGGGAAAAAAAGUAUUUAGUCAGCCACCAAUUGUGCAAGUUCUCCCACUUAAAAAGAUGAGAGAGGCCUGUAAUUUUCAUCAUAUAUGACAGACAAAAUGAGGAAAAAAAAUCCAGAAAAUCACAUUGUAGGAUUUUUAAUGAAUUUAUUUGCAAAUUAUGGUGGAAAAUAAGUAUUUGGUCAAUAACAAAAGUUUCUCAAUACUUUGUUAUAUACCCUUUGUUGGCAAUGACACAGGUCAAACGUUUUCUGUAAGUCUUCACAAGGUUUUCACACACUGUUGCUGGUAUUUUGGCCCAUUCCUCCAUGCAGAUCUCCUCUAGAGCAGUGAUGUUUUGGGGCUGUCGCUGGGCAACACGGACUUUCAACUCCCUCCAAAGAUUUUCUAUGGGGUUGAGAUCUGGAGACUGGCUAGGCCACUCCAGGACCUUGAAAUGCUUCUUACGAAGCCACUCCUUCGUUGCCUGGGCGGUGUGUUUGGGAUCAUUGUCAUGCUGAAAGACCCAGCCACGUUUCAUCUUCAAUGCCCUUGCUGAUGGAAGGAGGUUUUCACUCAAAAUCUCACGAUACAUGGCCCCAUUCAUUCUUUCCUUUACACGGAUCAGUCGUCCUGGUCCCUUUGCAGAAAAACAGCCCCAAAGCAUGAUGUUUCCACCCCCAUGCUUCACAGUAGGUAUGGUGUUCUUUGGAUGCAACUCAGCAUUAUUUGUCCUACAAACACGACGAGUUGAGUUUUUACCAAAAAGUUCUAUUUUGGUUUCAUCUGACCAUAUGACAUUCUCCCAAUCCUCUUCUGGAUCAUCCAAAUGCACUCUAGCAAACUUCAGACGGGCCUGGACAUGUACUGGCUUAAGCAGGGGGACACGUCUGGCACUGCAGGAUUUGAGUCCCUGGCGGCGUAGUGUGUUACUGAUGGUAGGCUUUGUUACUUUGGUCCCAGCUCUCUGCAGGUCAUUCACUAGGUCCCCCCGUGUGGUUCUGGAAUUUUUGCUCACCGUUCUUGUGAUCAUUUUGACCCCACGGGGUGAGAUCUUGCGUGGAGCCCCAGAUCGAGGGAGAUUAUCAGUGGUCUUGUAUGUCUUCCAUUUCCUAAUAAUUGCUCCCACAGUUGAUUUCUUCAAACCAAGCUGCUUACCUAUUGCAGAUUCAGUCUUCCCAGCCUGGUGCAGGUCUACAAUUUUGUUUCUGGUGUCCUUUGACAGCUCUUUGGUCUUGGCCAUAGUGGAGUUUGGAGUGUGACUGUUUGAGGUUGUGGACAGGGGUCUUUUAUACUGAUAACAAGUUCAAACAGGUGCCAUUAAAACAGGUAACGAGUGGAGGACAGAGGAGCCUCUUAAAGAAGAAGUUACAGGUCUGUGAGAGCCAGAAAUCUUGCUUGUUUGUAGGUGACCAAAUACUUAUUUCCCACCAUAAUUUGCAAAUAAAUUCAUUAAAAAUCCUACAAUGUGAUUUUCUGUAAAGAAAAUUCUCAAUUUGUCUGUCAUAGUUGACGUGUACCUAUGAUUAAAAUUACAGGCCUCUCUCAUCUUUUUAAGUGGGAGAACUUGCACAAUUGGUGGCUGACUAAAUACUUUUUUCCCCCACUGUAUAUGCCGAUAUAUAUGGACAUCCAAUAAUGAUCAACCCCAUGUGUCUCGCAACCCAGCGUCACUCAAAGUGUCUCUCGAGUAAGAUCAUAUACAGAGGAAUGUAGCUGAUCCAUCGCUCUGACGUUUGAAGCAUGACACCUUAUGCGCUAUCUCCAUAGGGAAUGCACAACACAGCCAAUGUCUUCAGAACGUAGGCAUGUUAGCACCAUCCUACCCUCCAACCACACUAGAACCAUACAACAGAAUAGAUCUGACUGAAACCACACCAAACGGUCCUGACAGGGUUGGCAAAGCACAGUCAUAAAUUAACUUGUCAGAAUGUCACACGAAUUAAGGUAUUCCUUGAUUGGAGGAGGUUGGAGGACAGGCUUUGAGACAUACAAAGGGUAUGGCAAGCAUCAUUGCACUUCCUUUACAAACUGGAGCCAGACAAGUCCUUGACUCCUCCAUCGUCUCCCCGUUCUCCUGGUAAUAAGGGCCAGGUGGUCAGGUGAUCUGUGGCAGCCAUUUGCAUUCCUCAUGAGCUUCAACAACUCCUUUUAUGAAUGUGACACUGUGAAGUCUCUGGAAAUGACAAACAGAACAGGGUAUUUGAGUUUCCCCAGGCUCCACUCGGGUCAGCUUAUCACUACUGUCUCUCUGGCUCUGGCCACUAUGGCUCAGCAUUGGUGGUUGGCAGUAAGGGAGGAGGAUGACAUGGGAUGUGAUUAGAGCUCUAGCUGACUGCUGGCUGCCGAGAUGUAUGAUGCCAUUAGCUGAGAGAAAGUCAGAGAGCUGGAGAGUGACUGGACGGGAAUGUUUGGAGUAGUGGGAAUAAUGAAAUGUUUGCAAUUGCACCCAUCACUACCUCACCACCAAUGCCAUUGUGCACUUGAGCAAGGCACUUAACCUCUAACCUGCUCAAGGGGUGCUGCUUUUUACCUGACCAUAUGCUCCCCACAGCCUUCCGUGAAUGUGUGUGUGUGGUGUGAUUGUUGGGUGGGUACUCUGUCAGCAAAAAGCCACUUUCCCAUAAACAAAGUUAUGUUUACCACCUUUCCCUUUUCCAGGGGGCAGAGACCCGGUGCAAAAAGGUGUGCACCUCCAAGUCGGACCUGCGCACCAACGACUUCAGCAUUGUGGGCUCACUGCCGCGGGACUUUGAGCUUUCGAACUUUGACUGCUACGGGAAGCCCAUUACCUUGCCCCAUGGCCUGAGCAAAAGCCAGGCCAAGGCCAAGAAACGUCCGCCGCCCAAGCCCGUCAUUCCCUCAGCCGCCAAGCGGGUCGACCUCUAUGCCCGAGCCCUCUUCCCCUUCUCCUUCCUCUUCUUCAACGUCAUCUAUUGGUCCGUGUACUUGUGAUCAGGGAUGGAAUUGAAGGGCUAGUAGAACACACCUUUGCUUGUGAGCAUCUCGUAUUUUGAUCCAUUCUUCCUUAAAGUUAUUUAUUUGUUGAUCUGUUUAUAUUAAUCUAUAUACUAGAACAAUCAUAUCAUCCAUUAAUUCAUCAUUAUUGGCACUAGGAAGAGCAAACAUCCAUCACAGGUGUAAUUCGUGAGAUGAAUGGUAUAAAUUAUUUGACAAUUUGAAAAUCAAUAAAGAAUAAAAAAUAGAAUACUGUUGUAGUACUUAGUUCAAGGAAAUCAUAAGAGAAAUUACAAAUAAUUGUAAAUUGGUCUCCAUGUUUAAGCUAGCAGGGUUUUAACGUAGACAGUCCCAGAAUUCCAAAAUGCAUUCUGAUAUGUUAAAUAAAUUGCAUUGUGAAACCCAAACGUAUUAUGUCGAACUCUCUCAAACGCUCCAGAGAACCGCACCAGGGUACCGCAUUUCAUAUGUGAAAACACCCUAAAAAUAGAUAAAAUAAAUAAUUUAUUAAAAAUAUUAGUGUACAUAGCCAGAUCCUCUGCUUUUUGUCACUAAGAGCAGGAACUUGCUCGCAAGAUUGAUAAGAUGGCAUCGGCACAAAGUUUACAAUUGCAUGUUAAAAAUUGCUUAUAUGAUUUUAAAUACAGUAUAUUAUAUCUAUGAAAGUUUAUUAAAGCUACGGUAUGUAACUUUUUGUGCGACCCGACCAAGUUCACAUAGAAAAGUGAGUUAUAGAUCUGUA